AUGGAAAAGUACUUUAUUGACGACAAGAAGGAAUUAAAAAAGACAAUUGAUGAGAUUCGACCUUCACAUUUUAGGAACCUGCAACAACUUUCGAUAAAAUGUUGUGAUGAAAGGCUAAACAAAUUGUUGUCUUUAUUGAUGAAGAGAGCAAAUAAGCUUGAAGAUAUCAGCAUUGAGAAAUGCGAAACUUUGGGACAUUUGUUUGAUCUCAACGAAUUUACCCCUGACAAUGAUGGACAUGGAAAAUAUUUUACACAAAUAAAGAGAUUGAUAUUGAUAGAACUACAUGACUUGAAAUGCAUAUGGAACAAGAAUCCAAUAGGAAUUAUUGGUUUUGAAAAUUUGCAAAUGAUACACAUAAUAAAUUGUUCCUCUCUACAAAAGUUAUUCACUCCUUAUGUAGCUGAGAAGCUCAGACAACUAAAUGAACUAAAGUUAGAGGCAUGUGAAAUGUUACAGCAAGUUAUUAAGAUUAAUGGUAUCAUUGGAAUAAUUAAGUUCCCAGCAUUAAAUAAGGUGGAGUUCAAGUCUCUCUCAAGAUUGAUUCACUUUUACUUGUUUCCUUUAGAAUUUCCUCAACUAAGAUCCUUGAUAAUAGAAAAAUGUCCUCAACUAGAAGAAUUUACAACUGGGUUUGCAACUAUACAUGUGCCACAAAUAACUAAUGUCGGGUCAUUUUCUGAGUUGAAUGAACUCAAGUUAGAUAACUGCCACAAGUUGGUAUGUGUAGUCUCAUCAUCUUGGGCCUUGCAAGAGUUGAAGAAUCUUAAGAAACUCAUUGUAAGCCAUUGCAACAAAUUGAAAAUGGUAUUCAACAUUCAUGGUGAAAUAUUUUAUUAUACAAAUCUCCUACAACAUCUGGAUGAAUUGAUUUUGAUUGAUCUACCUAAACUAACUCAUGUCAUCAGUAAAGAGUUUGUUGGGUUCUAUGAAAACUUGCAAAGCUUACAAGUGAAGCAAUGUAACUCACUUAAAUGGCUUCCAGGGUCUCUAAUGCUGAUAAGUAUAGACAUUUCAAAUUGUGAAGCCUUGGAGAAAAUUACGAUCGCUGAUGAUAUAUAUAAAGGAACAAGAGGAAAACACACCUUUCCUGAGUUAAAGUUUGUCUGUCUUAAAAACUUAACAAACUUACAUACUAUUUUUCCUUUUACAUCUCAAUUUCCUUCCUUAGAAGAAUUGAAAAUAACAAAUUGUCCCAAUUUGACCACUUUUGUUGAAGAGUCUAAGGAGCAAAAAGAUCCUGCAAAAUUCGUCACUUCAAACAUUUUCUUCCCAGAUUCAUUAUCACUGGAAACAUUAAAGAUGUUGUAUAUGAAAAAUCAAGAUGUUGAGAAACUUUGGCACAACAAUUAUCCUACCAAAUCAUUUUGUGAAAUGGAAUAUCUAACUUUGAGUAACAACAACAAAUUAUUGAAUGUCAUCUCUUCUAACAUGAUCAUAAGAUUUAACAAGUUGAAAAAAUUAACUUUGGAACAAUGUGAGGUAUUGACUGAGAUAUUUAACCUUGAAGAUGACAAGCCAAAUGAUAAUAUCCAAGAACUUCUUCCUCAGUUACAGGAACUGGCAUUGAGUAACCUAAGAAGUUUCACAUGUGUUUGGAACAAGGAGCCUCAAGUUUCAUUUUUUCCAAACUUAAUGUCACUUCACUUUGUUCAUUGUGGAGCCCUCCAAAGUCUAUUUUCAAUUUCUUCUACAAAAAAUCUUCAAAAUCUCAAAUCAUUGAAAUUGUGCAACUGUGACAAAGUAGAGGAGGUAAUAUCUAUUGAUAAUCGAGAAGACAUGACAAUCAGUUUUCCAAAAAUGGAAUGUCUUGUACUCAAGAAUCUUCCGAAGUUUCUCAGUUUCUAUCAACAAAAUGGAACAAUUCAUUUACCUAACAUACAAAUUGUACAGGCAAGCAAUAUUCCAAGCAUGAAAACAUUUUCAGAAGGUAGAGUCAUCACCCCAUUGCUAAGAUCAAUACAUGUAACAUUUGUCAGGAAACUCUGGCUAGGAAAUUUAAACAAGACCUUAUCACAUAUCAGCAACAAUCCAAGUAUCUAA